CAGAGUUUUCACCACGUAACGUGUGACGCGCAGCAAACAUGUCGGAGCAGAGAGAAACAUACAGAAGAAGAGAAAAUAAACACAAACUGGCGAGGACAACACAACAGAAGACACACACAAGAGCUUCAGAGAUCUGGGUGUCACUGAAGUUCUCUGUGAAGCUUGUGAUCAGUUGGGAUGGAAGAAGCCGACCAAGAUCCAGGUGGAGGCCAUUCCUGUCGCUCUAGAAGGACGUGAUGUCAUCGGUUUAGCAGAGACCGGUUCAGGGAAGACCGGAGCGUUUGCUCUUCCCAUCCUGCAGUCGCUCCUGUCGUCUGCACAGCGGCUGCAUUCGCUCAUAAUGACACACGAGAACUCGCCUUCCAGAUCAUGGAACAGUUUGAGGCGCUCGGAUCCAGCAUCGGCGUCAAGACAGGGAUCACCCCUUGAUGUGCCACAGUUAGCGACCCCUGCAGUGAACAACGGUCUCGACUCCGGGCCGAUGAUCGAUCACCUGGAAGACACCAAAGGAUUCAACCUGCGAGCGCUCAAAUAUCUGGUGAUGGACGAAGCUGACCGCAUUCUCAACAUGGACUUUGAGUCUGAGGUGGAUAAGAUUCUGAAGGUGAUUCCGCGAGACCGACACACUUUCCUGUUUUCAGCCACAAUGACUAAAAAGGUGCAGAAACUGCAGUGGGCGGCGCUUCGUGAUCCCGUCAAAUGCGCCGUUUCCACCAAAUACUCCACCAUAGAAAAACUGCAACAGUAUUACAUAUUCAUCCCAUCAAAAUACAAGAACAAGCGUUUAGGAGCUCUAAACAAGUUCAAGUCAGAGUCUCACUCUGUGCUGCUGGCGACUGAUGUGACGUCUCGCAGCCUCAACAUUCCUCACGUAGACUGCGCCAUCAACUUUGACAUACCUACACACUCAAAGGUACACACUCACUCACUCACUCAAAGGUACACACUCACUCACUCAAAGGUACACACUCACUCACUCAAAGGUACACACUCACUCACUCACUCACUCAAAGGUACACACACUCACACACUCACACACUCACUCACGAUUACAUUCAUCGUGUCGGCAGAACAGCACGAGCAGGCAGAUCUGGCAAAUCCAUCACGUUUGUCAUGCAGUCAGUCUCUUGUUCUCUUUGUGUAUGACGUUGAGCUCUUCCAGCGCAUUGAAGUGUUGAUUGGGAAGAAACUGCCCUCCUUCCCCACGCAGGAAGAGGAAGUGAUGAUGCUCAUGGAGCGAGUGAGCGAAGCUCAGCGAUUUGCGCAUAUUGAGAUGAACAAUGAGAGAAACGGAAAAGACCAAAAACAGGAGAGGAAGCGGCUGAUGACGGCGAGCAGUCGAGCGGCGUGA